AUGGGGGUUCCCGAUGAGACAAAGAAGUUGAGCGACGAGACUGAAAUUUCCAACCUCGCCAACAAUAAUGUCCCGACCACCGUUAAAAAAGGCCAAAGGUUCUGGAUCACCAUCAUUGCCCUUGGAUUCGCCGGAUUACUUACGGCCCUGGAAGCAACCGUCACAUCAACUGCAAUGCCAUCUAUCAUUGCCGAACUGGGUGGCGGGAAUGCCUACAUCUGGGCCAUCAACGGAUAUCUCCUUGCCUUGACCUCUCUUCAGCCUCUGUUCGGACAAUUGGGCGACGUUUUCGGUCGAAAGUGGCCCAUGGUAAUUGCAACUGCUCUGUUCAUCCUCGGAAGUGGUAUUUGUGGCGGCGCUACCAACAUGUCCAUGAUGAUUGCCGGUCGAAUUAUACAAGGUGUGGGCGCAAGUGGCAUCAAUGUUUUUAUCGAAGUCAUCAUAUGUGAUCUUCUGCCGCUUCGCGAACGGGGUAAAUACAUGGCCAUAAUAUUCGGGCUCGUCAGUCUCGGAACGGCCCUUGGUCCCUUCUUUGGCGGCUUGAUCGUUGACUCUACGACGUGGCGCUGGGUGUUCUACAUGAUUCUGCCGAUAGGAGCCGUUUCACUCGUCUUCCUCACCAUCGCGUUGCCGUCAAACUUCAACAGAGACACAACACUAGCCGCGAAACUAAAGAAGAUUGAUUGGACCGGGAAUGUCAUAUUUAUUGGAGCUGUGUCCUCGAUAUUUAUUGCGCUGGCAUGGGCUGGAGUCGUCUACUCCUGGAAAUCCUACCAGAUCCUAGUACCACUGUUGGUCGGUUUCGCAGGUCUAGGUGGAUUUUUGGGAUAUGAGGCUUCUCAUUUCGCCCAGCAGCCUAUGAUGCCUCUUCGUCUGUUAUCCAACAGGACAUCGGCGGCAGUGUUUCUCAUCACAUUCUUCCAUGCCAUUAUCUCAAUGUGGACACUUUACUUUCUGCCCGUCUACUUCCAGGGAGUCCUCAGUUCCUCCCCUCGUACCUCGGGGUUACAACUUCUAGCCACUAUCCUGGUCAUGAUACCAGCUGCAGCUUCAGGCGGCGUGCUCCUCUCCAAGUUUGGCUCUUAUAUCCCGAUUCACUACGUCUCCUCUGGCAUCGCCAUCAUUGGCUUCGGCCUGUUCACUCUGCUCGACGAGAACUCGUCCGCCGGUGCUUGGAUAGGCUUCCAGAUCAUUGAAGCAAUCGGUGUCGGCGUAAUCAUUCCUACUCUCUUGCCCGCCGUCCUGGCUCCUCUCAGUGAUGCCGACACGGGGCUUGCGACAGGAACCUGGUCUUUCUUCCGCAGCUUCGGCAUGAGCUGGGGCACUGCCAUCCCGGCAGCCAUCUUUAACAACCGGUUUGAUGAGCUUUCAGGCAGCACCAUCGCCGACGAAGCUUUGAGGGCACAGGUCACAGGUGGCCGGGCUUAUGAGCACGCCACAGCUGCCUUCUUGAAGACGCUGUCUGGUGAGAAUCGGGCGGAUUUCAUUGCUACCCUUGACGAGAGUUUGAGGCGGACAUGGCAAGUUAGUAUCGGAUUUUCGGUAAUUGUUUUCUUACUUGUUUUCCUAGAGAAGAAGGUGGCCCUCAGAAAUGAGCUCGACACUGAGUUUGGAUUCAAGGAGGGAAAGGCAGACGUUGGAAGCACAUCAUCAGAGGAGGUGAAGCCUUGA